AGCUUGGGUUCCUCGCGCACCCAGCAGCUUGGGUUCCUCGCGAACCCAGCUCAUGGGUUCGCACCUAGGACCCUGGGUUCACACCCAGCAGCUUGGGUUCCUCGCGAACCCAGCUCGUGGGUUCACACCUAGGACCCUGGGUUCGCACCCAGCAGCUUGGGUUCCUCGCGAACCCAACUCGUGGGUUCGCACCCAGGAGCCUAGGUUCGCACCGAGCAGCUUGGGUUCCUCGCGAACCCAGCUUGUGGGUUCGCACCCAGGAGCCUGGGUUCGCGAUCAGCUCGAGGGUUCACACCCAGGAGCCGGCCUCCUCACUGCCACCAAUUACAACAACCUCAGCCAGUGCAAGACCCUCGACGACAUCAAGAUGCACCUUUCCGCUACUGAAUACGGGCCUUAUCUCCAGAAUGCCCUCACCGAACCUGCUCUCUGCCUUCUGCUAAUGCACUCUCGCCGGAGCUGCUCUCUGCUCUCACCGAACCGAAGCUGCUAUCUGCUUUCUGCUGAUCUGCUUUCUACUCUCUGCCUUCUGCUGAUUUGCUCUCACCGGAGCUGCUCUGCUUUAUGCUGUUCUACUCUCACCGGAGCUGCUCUCUGCUCCAUCGACCCUGCUUUCUGCUGUUCUGCUCUCACCGGCACUUGUCUCUGCUCUCACCGCACUUGUCUCUGCUCUCACCGGCGCUUGUCUCUGCUCUCACCGACGCCGGUCACCUUUCAUGUGCCUCCUGUUCUGCAAUUGGCCUUCACUGCUUCUUCACAGCUCACACUUCACAUUCACAGCUUCUCCCACCCGAGCACAGUUUUUGGAGAAUCAUUACAUGUUGAAGGUGCAAGUGGAGGAAUUGAUUUGGAGUCUAUUGGUGAAGAAAAUGAUGAAAAUUAUGAUGUUGAAAAUGAUUUCUGUGAAGGUGAUGCAUGGUUCAAUGAAGAUCCUCCUAAUUUAAGGAGAAAUGAAUGAACAAGUCAUUUAUUAGUUUAUUUUAUUUGUAUUUGAAACUUAAAUGAAUUGUUAUCUAUUUAGAUUUAAGCCUUUUUUAGACAUCUUUUUCUAUUUGUUUUUGGAUUUGAAACUUGUAUUAUUUGCUUGCUUACUUGGUUUUUUCAUAUGUAUUUUGUUUUGAGAAUUAGUAUUGAGAUUAUUUGAUGAGUUUUUAAGGUAAAAAAUAUAAUAUAUUUAUGUUA